ACGCGGUUCUGACGCUACGGAGGCGCCCUGCGGCGUGACGUCAAAUUUCUCCGCCGGAAGUGGGCGGCCGGGCGGCCCAGCUGGAAGCAGUGCGCUGGGAUCGAGGCUAAGGUAGAGUCCUGGGCCAGUCAGGCUGAGGGGCGUGAGGCGGUCCAGAAGCGAACGCGAAGAGAAGUUCUCGCGCCCCGGAGAAGGGAAACUUCGGCUGCUUUCGGCUGGGAGCCGGCUUUCAGUGAAGAUGGCGGGGCCAGAACUGCUACUCGACUCCAACAUCCGCCUCUGGGUGGUCCUACCCAUCGUUAUCAUCACUUUCUUCGUGGGCAUGAUCCGCCACUACGUGUCCAUCCUGUUGCAGAGCGACAAGAAGCUCACCCAGGAACAAGUGUCUGACAGUCAAGUCCUAAUUCGAAGCAGAGUCCUCAGGGAAAAUGGAAAAUACAUUCCCAAACAGUCUUUCUUGACACGAAAAUAUUACUUCAACAACCCAGAGGAUGGAUUUUUCAAAAAAACUAAAAGGAAGGUAGUGCCACCUUCUCCUAUGACUGAUCCCACUAUGCUCACAGACAUGAUGAAAGGGAAUGUAACAAAUGUCCUCCCUAUGAUUCUUAUCGGUGGAUGGAUCAACAUGACAUUUUCAGGCUUUGUCACAACCAAGGUCCCAUUUCCACUGACCCUCCGUUUUAAGCCUAUGCUACAGCAAGGAAUUGAACUACUCACAUUAGAUGCAUCCUGGGUGAGUUCUGCAUCCUGGUAUUUCCUCAAUGUAUUUGGGCUCCGGAGCAUUUACUCGCUGAUCCUGGGCCAAGAUAAUGCUGCUGACCAAUCACGAAUGAUGCAGGAGCAGAUGACAGGAGCAGCCAUGGCUAUGCCUGCAGACACCAAUAAAGCUUUCAAGACAGAAUGGGAAGCUUUGGAGCUGACAGAUCACCAGUGGGCACUAGAUGAUGUCGAAGAGGAACUCAUGGCCAAAGACCUCCACUUUGAAGGCAUGUUCAAAAAGGAAUUACAGACCUCUAUUUUUUGAAGACUGAGCAGGGAUUAGCUGUGUCAGGAACUUGGAGUAGCGCUUAACCUUGUAACUUUCGUUGGAGCUGGCGCCUCUCAGAAUAAAAAGGAGGAUGCAAGAGCUGGCGGGUGUGCAGCAAGGCUCGUUCUUGUCUGAGCUGGGCUCCCCUUUAUGUAUGAAACUAGAGGAAAUAGGAGGAGUAUGCUCCGUGACUUGCAAUUUAAAAAAUGUUCUAAAUGUUCCUUCUGGUGACUCUAGUGAUGAAAGUCAGAGAAAGGGGGAAAACUCAAGCUACUGAUAAUAUAUAAAAUCUUAGGAAAAAUUCAGCCUUUGGAAGAAGCACUAUUAAUUAUAACUAAUUAUUAUGUGCAGUCAGCUUGACAUCUAGCCACAGUAAACUCCUAUUUUCUUGAAAUCUUUACACCCUGUGUUUUAUCUUUAAUAUUUUGUUAGUAUUUUUAACUUUCCUUUCAAAAGUAGAACAUUUUCACUACCAAAAGUUUAGAAACUAUGGAUGAGCUAAAUGAAUCUCCGUGUAUUGUUCAUUUUGAGCCUAUAGAAUGACAGAGAGUGAAUGUGUCAAACCUUAUUCACAUAAACUCUUUUCAAAGUGAAUCCCCCAGGCCAGGACAGAUUUAGCAAACCUGUGUCUCUUAAUACUAUCCAGUGAAAACCAGUGACCCUGAGGCACUGUGGAGUGCUCAAGUGCCUUUGGGAUCAUCAAAGAUGAGUUAAAUAAUACAAAGUCUUGAUGUGAACAUCAGAAUAUAUGAAAUCCAUUGACAAAUCAAUGGUGCUAUCUGGUAAAUGGCAACUUAAUUGGACAAAAGGCCUAAUUUUCCAGUUACUCUGGAUAAAAGAGUUUACAUAUCAGUGUAACAAGGGAGAAAGGGCAGUUGCUGGCAGACAGAUAAGCACCCCAGGGAUAAUUCUGUCUGGAUUAAUGGCCCCAGGGAAGUGGCAGGGUGCUUUUCUGUACCUAGAGGUGGAUGUAAUUUGCAUGUUGAGCACUGUAAUUAAGAACAAAUGACUCUUGUCUUUGCAAAUUAAACCAUCUUUUCUCUUC